AUGAUGCCAACCUUGGAGAGUAAAGAAAAAUGUGGGAAAGGACAAAAAAAUACCUUUGCCCCACCUGCACAAAAAUUGCAUAGCCCGAUGCCCUAUAACCUUAACUCAUCAAAGGAGGAGAUCCUGGAGAUCAGUUCCCCACAGGCAGAGGUCAGGCCAAGCCUGCUAAAGGCCGGGUUAGAGAAGAAGAAGGAGAAAACACCCACAGAGAAUGGUCCAGUCAGUGGCCAGGAGAUAAAAGGAAAGGCUCAAGACAGCAAGAAAGCAAAGAAAGCAAAGAAAGAAAAGGAAAAAUCAACUCUUACCAGUGCAGAAUUUGAGGAGAUUGUCCAGAUUGUGCUACGGAAGUCCUUCCAGGAGUGCUUGGUAUUUUGUUUUGGGAGGAUGGAAUCUAGCCUUGAUUUUCCAGAGACUUCCUGUACCCAGCCUACAAGAUGUACCCAGUUAGACAAGGAACCAGGAAUUGCUUCUUCUAAUACUUCUGAUAAUAAUAAUGCUGAUGGAGUAGUGGUACCUCCUAUUCUAGAGAUUUCAGCCUCUCAGGAAGAUGGAAUAAUCCCUGAGAUAAAGAUAUCUAAGCCAGGCCAGCCAGAUUCUGCAUCCUCUGAGAAGAAAGUCAAUAAAUUCUCCUUAAGCAAAAGAAAGAAGGAAGCUCAAGAUGAGAAAAUGGAGACAGACCAAAGUGGACAUGAGCACAGACAGGAUGACCAACAGAAGGAAACCAUUCAGGAUCAUUCCCAGGACAGGGACCAACAAAAAGGAGAAGGAAGUGGUUUUGGUCAAUGCCUAGUCUGGGUCCAGUGUUCCUCCCCAAACUGUGAGAAAUGGAGGCGGCUACAUGGGGACAUUGACCCCUCCGUCCUCCCAGAUAAUUGGUCCUGUGACCAGAACACAGACUUGCAGUAUAAUCGCUGUGAUAUCCCUGAGGAGACCUGGACUGGUCAUGAAAGUGAUGUGGCCUAUGCCUCCUACAUCCCAGGAUCCAUCAUCUGGGCCAAGCAAUACGGCUACCCCUGGUGGCCAGGCAUGGUAGAACCUGAUCCUGACCUGGGAGAAUAUUUUCUUUUUGCUUCUCAUCUUGAUUCCCUGCCGUCCAAGUACCAUGUGACAUUUUUUGGAGAAACAGUCUCUCGUGCUUGGAUCCCAGUCAACAUGCUAAAGAACUUCCAGGAGCUGUCCCUGGAGCUAAGUGGACUGAGAAAGUGCAAGAAUAAGGACUGCAUCCAGAAACUGGGGUUAGCCGUGAUGAUGGCUCAAAAGGCAGAGCAGAUCAGUAUUCAGGAGCGGGUUAACUUGUUUGGUUUCUGGAGCCGAUACAGUGGACCUGACGAUAAUGGGGAAGAAAAAGACUUACUGUUCUCUGGGGCUAGCAGCUUAGACUCCUGCUUGGAGAAAGAAAAGAAAGAGCCAGAGUUGGAGGAGGAUGAAGACGAGGAGCAAGAUGAAACAGAUCCAACUUUGCCUAAUUCCAAGUCAGCCAAAAUUCAAACAAAAAAACCCAAGGCAAGAGGAUUGGGGGUUGGGAGUGAUGUCGGUGGAGCAGAUGGACAAGAUGGGACCCUGAAAAGGAGAACAACAAAGAGACCUCUGUUAAACGAACCUGCACCUCCACCUGUGCCCAUAAUAGGAAGAAAAAAAGGGCAUGGAAAUUCAGGUCCUGAGCAGCCGGACCCUAAGAAAAAAUUUAAAGCUCCCCAAAGCAAAGCCCCAGUAAGCAGCCUAUCUGAAGAAAAAGAAGCUAGACUAGUGCCAGAAGUCCUGACCCCACCAGCUGCUCGUGGGGCCUGUCUUGUUGGGGGGGAAGAAGGGCCUGAACCCCAGGAUGCUGGAAGUGUCCCUUCUGAUGAUGGAGCCUCCAGUGACCUGGAUCUGGACCAGCUCAUGGAAGAUGUUGGAGAAGAGCUGGAGUAG